CCAAGAACCUUCAAAAAUGGUUUCACCUGUUCUCCUCCCUUCAGGCACUUGCACACUUUACAGAGGCGCUCUUGCUUUGAAUGAUAUGGGCGUUUCGUUGCUCGAAAGAGGUGCCUAUCGUGCUGCAUUGGAUACCUUGAAAGACGCUAUUUUCGUGAUGAAACGAGUUUUCCCUUCGUCUCAUCACCUCCACCCCGGCUCCUACGACAUUGACGCCAAGUUGAGCCGAGCUUAUUCUAAAUUGGCGAGCUCCAAACUUGAAAAGCCUUGUUCACUUAAUGUCGAGAUUGUCCCGCACAACGUCGAGUUCGAAGCAUUACGUUCGGUGCUUCUCCGAACUUCAACUCCGUGCAACCGGCAGGUCAACUUUGUCAUCAAGAUCGAAGUCUUUGACGCGGAAGAUCAAUGUGUUGAUGUACACAGUGCAAUCCUUCUGCACAACUUUGCUGUGGCGCAUCUAUCCAUGUCUAGCCUCGCCAACUCCUCCAGCUUUGUGCAGCGGAUCCGUGACGGUGCCUUUCAAUUGUCGAGCUUUGCUCGGCAAACUCUGGGCCAUCUCAUGCAAGUCGACGGACCCGACACUUUGGAAUACUUGUUGCAGUGCAAUCCCUGCUUAAUUUUGGUCACUGCCGCCGUGCUGCACUGUCAGAUUCAGAUUCUGGAGGAAUCGGGUGGUGAACAGUGGAGGGCGGUGAAAUCCUAUCAGAACCUGGUGUUACUGAGCGAAAUUGCCCAAAACUUUGACAAACCUCAGCUCUGCAAUAGCCGCAACGCUGCGGCAGCUUGAUUUCUAUGUGCGUUACGCUUUGUCUAGGGAUACGUUGCAGCUGUAAUCAUCACCUUUUUGUGUUAUAUUAAUGACAUCGCAUAUCGACGAAAAUAGUUAUGAUCGAGUGAGAUUACACCGGAUAGUUGACGUAGACUUGGUGUGGAGCCUUCGAAACGUCAUGUGAAGAAGAUUUGCAUUUAGAAUCGUGCGGUCGGCUUAGUAUUGACCUACCUGGUUGCGUUGGAAGCAA